UUCCUUUCCCUCUUUAUAGCACCCUCAACUCUACACAUCAUACACACAAAUAUUUCAUUUCACAUUCUUCCAUAUCCAUCAAAAGCAUAAAAAAAAUCUACAAAAUUUAACAAAACCACUAGAAUCAAGAUGAAAAAAAUAUUUCUUUUAUUUUUCUCACUCUUUGUUCUCUUUUCCUCCACUUUAUCAAUUUCACCUGCAUCAUCCCCAAAAUCUUCUCCAACAGCACCAUCACCAAAACCAUUAGUCCCAACAUUACCUCAAUCACCAGACACAACAGAUUCUGUCCCAGAUGACAUAACAAGAAUCUUAAAAAAGGCGAAAAUAUUCUCCGUCCUAAUCCGUCUCCUAAAAUCAACAGAAAUCAUGAGCAGCAUCAAUUCACAGCUCAUCACAGCGAAAACCGGUGGACUAACAAUCCUAGCACCAGAUGAUGCUGCAUUUUCAAACCUCAAAGCAGGGUUCCUUAAUUCCCUAAACGAAGGCCAAAAAAUCGAACUUUUACAAUUCCACAUCCUACCCGAAUACGUUUCGAGCUCGAAUUUCGAUUCAUUAAGCAACCCUGUUCAAACUGUAGCUGGUAAAGACCCGACAAGACUUCCACUAAAUGUUAAUGCAUUAGGCAACAGUGUUAACAUUUCAACAGGAGUUGUUAAUGCUUCAAUUGUUGGUGUUGUGUACUCUGAUAACAAGCUUGGUAUUUAUCGUUUGGAUAAGGUUCUUCUUCCUCUUGAUUUCUUUGCUACUACUAAGGCUCCUGCUUUGGCUCCAACUCUUGCUAAGGCUCCUAAAGGUGCUAAAGAGAAUUCUUCUAGUGAAGAUCAAGAUGAAGAUGAUGAGGGAAAAAGUAAAUCUGGUGCAGUGAGUUUGUGUGGUUAUUUUGGAACAAAUUUGAUGCUUUUUGUUGUUGUAGUAGCAAUCAUGUUGAGUUGAUCAAUUUGGAAGCUGCAUUUUGAGUUUUCUUGUCAAGCACGCCAUGGGAUUUUUUUUAUUUUAUUUAAAUUUUUUUAUAUGUGUUUCUUGAUUUAUUGUGUAUGGUGUUUUGAAGAGGAGGUGAAUACUUGUAUCAUUUUUAUUGUAUAAAAAAUGUUUGAUUUGGGAUGAGUAAUUUGUUUGAUUCUUCAAAUUUGUAAUCUAUUAUUGCUUAAUAUGAAUAUUUCAUAUGCUUACAGUU